CCCAAUCGAGACGUUCGCGUGGGCCGUGAUUUUCCCGGCCCACUCGCGGCGGCCCAUCUCACCGAGCCCACCGCCUAGGGUUCUCGCGCCGCCAUAAGAACCCCUUCAUUCCCCACCCAGCCGCCGCCCGCCGCAGGGGUUCGCGAAGAUGGCGGUGCCGUUGCUGACGAAGAAGAUCGUGAAGAAGCGGGUGAAGCAGUUCAAGAGGCCGCACAGCGACCGCUACAUCGGCCUCAAGACAAGCUGGCGCAGGCCAAAGGGUAUCGACUCCCGUGUCAGGAGAAAGUUCAAGGGAUGCACUUUGAUGCCUAAUAUUGGCUAUGGUUCUGACAAGAAGACGAGGCAUUACCUUCCCAACAAAUUCAAGAAGUUUGUCGUCCACAAUGUCUCUGAGCUGGAGUUACUUAUGAUGCACAACAGGACAUACUGUGCUGAGAUCGCUCACAAUGUCUCAACGAAGAAGCGCAAGGAGAUCGUGGAGCGUGCUGCACAGCUUGAUAUCGUGGUCACCAACAAGCUUGCCAGGCUUCGCAGCCAGGAGGACGAGUAAAUUGUUACGCUGGUUGAGCUGUUUUUUGGUCGCGUUGUUUGUAGGAGGAACAUUACCCUGCUUCGAGAAGUUCACCUAAUCGUUGUGUAAUUUUCUCAUGUAAACGUCCUUAGGAUUUCAGUAAUGAGCUGUGCUCCUAUAAUUAUUUACUGUACUCGACUUACCUUUUCCCAUGUACACUGAUAUCGGCAGUCAGAUGAGAAAAUUGCAUGCUUUGGGCACUAUAGUUCUACA